UUUCUCUGCUGAACAUUUUAUCGGGAAAGUGACGGAAAAAAAAAAGAAAAAAAAAAUCAAAUGUGGCGGAGAUCAGCCUCGUUCAUCCUCGACGGGCAACGAAGCUCGAAUUCACCUCCCAUGGAAAACCCUAACCCUAAUCCUGACGCCAUCUCGGCCUACUAUCAGACGCGCGCGGAGCACCACGGCGUCAUCACCUGCGACUGGUUGGCCCAAGCUCAGGCCGCCGUCGGCGGCGCAGACCAGCAGCAGACCGUCUCCUCCGCUACCGCUGCCGCUUCCUCCGGCGUGGGAACCGGUGAAUCGUUCGUCGUGAUCGACGAGUUCAACAACUGGCGAAAGCAGCCGGAUCUGGCGGAGGCCAUCGCGGCUAUUCGUGCGUUAGCGGGUAUUCGCGCCAGCGAGGCGAUGACUAUGAUGGAGCUUGAGAUUGAGCUAAAAAAGGCCUCCGAUACACUGAGAUCAUGGGACAAAACAUCAAUCUCCUUAACUGCGGGAUUUGAUCUGUUUAUCAGAUAUGUGACGAGAACAUCUGCUUUAGAAUACGAGGAUUUCAAUUCAGCUAAGUCUUGUCUGCUUGAGCGUGCAGAGAAAUUCGGGGAAAUAUCAUUCAAGCCACGAAGGAUUAUUGCAAUGCUUAGUCAAGAUUUUAUAUUCGAUGAUUGUACAAUUUUGGUUCAUGGAUUCUCUAGAGUUGUUCUUGAAGUUCUAAAGAACAACAAACUCUUUCGAGUUUUCUGCACAGAGGGAAGGCCUGACGGGACCGGAGUUCUGCUAUCCAACGAGCUAGCAAAGCUCGAUGUCCCUGUGAGACUGCUUUUGAAUACCGCCGUGGCAUAUAGCAUGGACGAGGUAGACAUGAUAUUCGUCGGGGCUGAUGCAGUCAUAGAGAGCGGCGGCAUAAUCAACAUGAUGGGAACUUACCAGAUCGCACUCGUUGCAUACAGUAUGAACAAACCUGUCUAUGUAGCCGCAAAAGUUACAAGUUUGGGAGGCUUUACCCGUUGGACCAGAAGGAUAUGGCGCCGGCGUUGUGGCCGAUAAGAGUUUGGAGUGAAGAUUCCGGGGAAAGUUGAGGUGGAAACGUCGGCAAGAGAUUAUACGCCGCCGCAGUACUUGACGCUGCUCUUCACAGAUUUGGGA